UCUCUUCCCCCAAACUUCGCCUAUGUAUAAAAGGAGAAGCCGAGAAACAGAAAUCAAGGAGAAGACGAAGAGGAGGAGCAAGGAGACGGAGAAGGAGGCCCUGUAGUCGUUUUCAUUCAGAAGAGAGAGAAAGAAAGAGGGAGACACGAUGGAAGCAGCGAUGGAUUUGAUGAGGAGGAUGCCUCCGAAUCAGUCUGAAGCCGCGCUUUCUUCCCUCCUGGCUCUCCUCCCUCAGCAUUCUCACGACCUUCUCUCCCGAGUUGAUCAGCCGCUUCAGAUUUUAAGUGAUUCGGAGUCAGGACAGGAGUUCUUAUUAUGUGAUUACAAUCGCGAUGGUGAUUCCUAUAGGUCACCCUGGUCUAGCAAAUACCAUCCACCUCUGGACGAUGGAUCUCAACCAUCGGCUGAACUGAGGAAACUUGAAAUGGAAGCUAAUGAUGUCUUUGCAAUUUACCGUGAACAGUACUAUGAAGGAGGUGUAUCUUCAGUGUACAUGUGGGAGCCUGAUGAAGGGGAAGGUUUUGCGGCUUGCUUUUUGAUUAAGAAAGAUGGCUCGAAGUCUGGUCAGGGUCGCAGAGGCUACUUGCAGGAAGGCAUAUGGGAUGCAAUUCAUGUCAUCGAGGUGGGGCCUGACAACGAUGGAACUGCUCACUACUCCUUAACCAGCACCAUUAUGCUGUCAUUGACUACCAGUGAUAAAUCUGCUGGCUCGUUCAAGUUGUCUGGUUCAAUUACUCGUCAGAUGGCUUUGGAUAUUUCAGUUUCAGAUGGCCACCUCUGUAAUAUGGGAAGGAUGAUUGAAGAAAUGGAGAGCAAGCUGAGAAACUCGCUGGAUCAAGUUUACUUCGGGAAGACAAAAGAAAUGGUAUUCACGUUGCGCCGCCCACCUGAUGGCAUGCUUCUGCAGCGGUCAGAGAGGUUGCGAGUUGACUAACGGAUGUCUGAAGGUCCAUUCUCGGUUCUGAUUUGUUCUCUAAUGCUGUUUGUGUCCAUAAGGUCAUCAGUCAUUCUGUCAUUUACCAAGUAUUUGUUAGGUUUAAGUUCUGGCUUGUAAAAAGAUUACCUUCAGAUCUGAAUUACCAAAAUUCUCCCUUUUUUUGCCCUUAGUU